CCCCUAAAAUAACCUCUGAGAGGGUAUAUAGAAGACUAGCAAGCACAUGAUCAUCAGAGGACUUUUCCCACUGUCUGACAGUAAUCUGAAAAGAGACUUACAGGACCCAUAGAGAGAGGAGUGCUGGCACACAAGACAGUGAAGGGAGGACAUGUAAAGGAAAUAUAUCAAACAGAGUACUGAAGAAAGUGUACUGAAGUGCAGAGGAUAUUUGCAAUUUUGACUUAUCUGGAUUGUACAGUUUUCUUGGACUUCUUCUUCCUCUUCUGUUUCCCGAACCGUUCAAAGCGGGAAAGGAAGACAGUGAAACCGAGUGCAAUCAUGAAGGACAGUUUCCAUUACCCCAUGUUGUCGAGCAUGCAGCACAGUCACUACACACCAGCAAAGUACACACUUUCACCUUACACGCCCACUCACUACGCACAACGGCAUUACACAUCUUCACAGUACACCCCCAGGCAGUACACACCAACGCGGUACACCCGUACUCAGUGCAGCUCUACACGGUACACCACUUCAGACCAUAAGCCUUCCAUGGCGUCAGUCAAGCCAGCACGCACCGUCCACUUUCCCAAUGACGUCGUCUUCCAGGACCACAUUCGACAGGGGGACCUGGAGCAGAUUGGUCGAUUCAUCAGGGCUAGGAAGGUGCGGCUGGAUACCGUCUACCUGUCCGGUAUGGCAGCGCUGCAUGAGGCUGUCCUCUCAGGAAACCUGGAGUGUGUGAAGCUACUGGUGAAGUAUGGGGCAGACAUACACCAGAGGGAUGAGGAUGGCUGGACUCCUCUUCACAUAGCCUGCAGCGACAGCUUCCCAGACAUUGCCCGGUUCCUGCUUUCUCAGGGGGCUAGCAUGGAGGUGAUGAAUGAGAGUGGUGAAAAGCCAGUAGACCUCAUUGACCCCGAAUGUAAGGAGCUUGUCCGGCUAUUUGAGGUUGGCUGUGUCUGAAUCCAGACUCUCAGACAGCCUGGACCAAGUCUAAACCUCUGGCUUACUGAUUGCCAUAGCAAAAGAACCAGCACCUGAAAUCAAAUAAGCACUGACAUGUCUUGAUUCCUUGUUUCUCAUUUAGAACUAGAAAGUAAAUCUGGUUUGCUGGGGUGAGCGGUUCACCCUUGUAUUGAGAGCAAAGGGUUGCUGUUUUCUGUGCUGUAAUUCCUUUGUGGAUGUCUUAAUUUCUUGUCUGUUAUUUAAACCAACCCCAUCUGUCUCUCCUGGGGCUAGCAUCAUACUGCCAUCUUAAAUAUCUGAAAAAAUAGAAAUAGCGCUUAGAGAAAUAUUUGAAUUUUGCAUUAUAGAGAAGCUUGACGUAUUUGGAGAAAUGUCACAUUGCACAUGUCCACCAGCAUAUACAAAAAAUGUGAUUGUGUGUAGGAGAUGGGCAUGUCUUAGAGAGAUGUAGUGUCUUCUCCUUUCCAAAGUUUAAAUGGGUAAAAAUGCUACAAACAGCCCUGGAGAGGUCUCAAGGAUGUUGUGGACAGUGGCUACAUCGCUGCAGAAUUGUUCCCUCAGGUGCCCAUUUGUGAGACUCAACAGAAUAUGGUAGCAACAGCAUGUUUGUGGCCAUUCUCAUCAUCCAGGACAUACAUUUGUUGUUUACUUGUUGAAAAGAGUAAAAAGUGGUUGCACUUUUAAUUUUUAUCUUUUUCACAAAACCCAGGAAGAUUUAGAUAAAAGUCGUGAGUGAAGCCUUCGGUGUAACUUGUCUUGGGGCAUUUGUUUGAUUUUCUUGCCUUUUUGUCUUGUUUUAGUUGAGAAAGACCGUAUUUUGGUUACAGUAUUCUUCAUUAAAAAGAGAAUUUAUGCAAUGAGUUCAGAACCAUUGUGGACCUGAGAACACUGAUAUUUAGGUUUUCAAGCAUUUUUCUUAACUAAAAUGGCAACAUGGCCAUUAACAUUUUUUGGAAAAGUCUUAAAACAUUUCUUUUCUCACAAA